AUCAAAACCAAAAUCAAUUUCCAUUUAACACUGAGAAAUUUAAUAUCGAACUCGAGCAUACAUAAAAUACAAAUUAUUACUAUUUUUAGAAUUGCAUAUAUAUUUUUUCUUUCAAUUAUCUCAGAUUUAUUUUGUUUUGUUUUAUAUAUAUUUUUAAACAAAUUACAAGCAGCGGGCAUUCCCGGUUCCCGGUAAUAAAAGAAUGAGAAUGAGAAAGACAGCAUUUUGAACAAGUGAGAAGCCAAUGACUGGGACUGGGUUGGCGUUGAGAAGCUUUGUCAUGGUGGGCUUCUUCUUCUUCUCCACUACUUCUAUGAAAAGCUAGAAAAGAAGAGCUCAAAACCCAGAACCCUGAGUUAUAUUCAAGUUAUCUGAAAUUUGGAAAAGUUGUGUUGUGUGCACCUGGAGAUUUAUGAUGAGGCUAAAGUUUUUAUAAUUUGUCUACAUGUUGGACUUGAAAAGAGUAUAUGUAUUUGAUGAUGUCAGAGAUGAGUGAAGUUCGUUAAGAAUACAGUUUUCUUAGAGGGGAAACUUUUUGUUAUGAAUGAUAAUGACUUAUCCAAUUUAAAGAAGACACUAGGAGAGUCUGAUGAUGAUGCAAUGAGAGGAGUUUGGAAUUAAAAGGUUAGAUAUCUGUUGGGUAAUCCUAAGAGUUCAAUUGGGUUAUUUUGAUAUGGAAAUAGCCAAGAGUGACAGCGUUAGGCAGCUUUCAACUAACUGUUACAAAGUGGCGAACCUCGGCGAGACAAUUAUGGACACAACCCGUGUAUCAAAUUUGAAAGAUAAGUACAUUUUAGGUGAACAAUUGGGAUGGGGGCAGUUUGGUGUCAUCAGGGCAUGUUCAGAUAGGUUUACUGGUGAGGUUUUGGCAUGCAAGUCUAUUGCCAAGGAUAGACUGGUCACUGCCGAUGAUAUGCGCAGUGUUAAGCUUGAGAUUGAAAUAAUGACUAGGUUAUCAACACAUCCUAAUGUUGUAAAUCUCAAGGCAGUUUAUGAAGAAGAGAAUUAUGUGCAUUUGUUAAUGGAAUUAUGCGCCGGAGGGGAGCUUUUUCACCGGCUUGAGAAGCAGGGAAGGUUCUCAGAGUACAAUGCAAGGGUUAUUUUUAAACAUUUGAUGGAAGUGGUUAAGUUUUGUCACGAGAAUGGUGUUGUUCACCGAGAUUUGAAACCAGAAAACAUUCUUUUGGCCACAACAUCCUUGUCCUCGCCAAUUAAGUUGGCAGACUUUGGCCUUGCUACUUACUGCAAACCCGGGCAGAAAUUGCAGGGAACUGUGGGAAGUCCCUUUUACAUAGCCCCAGAGGUACUUUUGGGAGGUUAUAACCAGGCUGCUGAUGUGUGGAGUGCUGGAGUUAUUUUGUAUAUACUUCUUAGUGGGAUGCCCCCGUUUUGGGGGAAGACUAAGUCACAAAUUUUUGAUGCAGUGAGAGCUGCAGAUCUUCGAUUCCCUCCUGAUUCUUGGGAUCGCAUAUCCUCAUCUGCAAAAGACCUCAUCACUGGAAUGCUUUGUGUGGAUCCUUCCAAAAGGCUCACUGCUGACCAAGUUUUAGCUCAUUCAUGGAUGGAGCAAUGCACUGAAGCUGCCCAAGAAAUAUACGAUCAGGAGUGCGAAGUUUGCAAUGAAUUGGAAGUGAAUGGUGGUUCUUUUUCGACUCCAUUUAUUUCCAGGACAGAGGAAUGUGCAGUCAACGGUAGACCAUGCACAGUUGGUGAUGGAAACCUGAAACAAUCACCUGCAUUCAUUUGCAGAUCAUCUUUUGUUUCUUUCAUAGAGGAUAGUGACACUCUUUGCUCUGCAUCUGGGGGUUUUUCUUUCAACAGCUUCCAGGAAUCCAGUGUAGCUGAGUUUUCUUCCCCAAUUUCAUCAAUGCCAAGCUUUACCUUUUUCAGUCCAAUGUCUACUCUAGUUCAAGGAAAUAUUUCAUUAAGAUUUGAAGCCGACAUGCCAUCAUUGGAUUUACCAUUUACAGCUGGUAUUGUUAUAUAAAUGCAGAAUCAAACUUGGAGAAGUGCAAGCUAAUAGCGCAGCCUGAUUUUUCGCCUGUCAAGCGGGGAAUUGGCGAUGAAGAAAUGGAGCGUAAAGAAAUUCGACGAGGAGGAGGAGGACCUGGUGGGACAAAGGUUGGAGGUAUUCACAGCAAAAGGAAUAACACGAUUGGGCUCGGCGAGUUUACUCAGAUUAAUCUCAUCGUGACAGAAUCAGUCAUCCGUUGGGCAUCAUGCACGGAUAUUCCAACAGCACCAUCCCUUCGAUUAUCUCUUGUUUGCUAGAAGAUUAAUUUUAAGUACGUUACCAGGUCAGCCAACCAGCCAGAACAAAAACAAAAGAAAAUAUUUACACUCUUUUGGAAUCUAUCUAAUGGACUUGAUGAGAAGAAUUAGUUCAACCUCAGGAGCUGGACUUAGGUGUUUAAGCGUGUUUGUUUACUUUGAUUAGUACUAGAGUAAUGAAUGCUUUUCUGUUAUGGAAAAUAAUUUAUACUUACUGGUGUGGUGUUCUAAUAUGUAAGGCAAUUUCUGACAAAAAAUAAAAUGUAAGGCAAUUAAUUGUACACUAUCUAAUUUAUGAUGGCUUCAAACUAA